GAUAAUUCCUUCCAUUUCAUCGUUACUCAGAACACCACUAACCACGCGGCCGCGCCUCCCAUACUCCAAAGAUAAGAUUUAAACCCUCUCAUCGCGUUCUUCCAUCUCUCUAUCUUCCAAAACCCUAGCUCCCUUCAAUUUCUCAUCGAAACCCUUAAGUCGGAGAGUCAAUGGCGUUUGCUUCUUCGUCGAGUUAGAGAAUUGUUUGCCGACGCCGCAGAUGAACUUUCCGGUGACUUUUCGCGGGAACUUCUGUCCCCUGUCGCCCUGCAGUUCUUGUUGUUACAUUCGUUUCGUGCCGGUCACGAUAUCUUCGGUCGUUUCGCGAAGAAAAGUUUCGAGGUUAGGGUUUCGCAGGAAGCGGCGGGUUGUUUGCAGUGUGACUGAUACAAAGACUGAACCCGACAGCGAUAAUGAUAAGGAAGAAGUACAUGAAGACGGAGGAAUGCCACUUUCAAAUGAUUCCUCCACAGAGAACAAGCCACUGCUUGAAAACCAACAAAUGGCCAUUGACCAAGACAACGACCAGUUUGUUGGGGGACGACCUAUUUCAGACAAGAUUGUAGACAAUAAUGAUGGAGAAACUAAAGCCAAUGAAGGUGUCCAGGAUCAGGAUGUUAGUAAUUUAGAAGUUGCGAGUGGAUCACCUCUGCCAGGUGUGAAGCCACAGCAGCUGGAUGAUUCAAUCAGGAUUUCAAAGGAGACAAUUGAAAUUCUUAAGGACCAAGUGUUUGGUUUUGACACAUUUUUUGUUACAAGUCAAGAGCCUUAUGAGGGUGGAAUACUGUUUAAAGGAAACUUACGAGGGAAAGCUGCUGAAAGUUAUGAAAAGAUAACAAGAAGGAUGGAGGAUAGAUUUGGGGAUCAAUAUAAGCUUUUCCUUCUGAUUAAUCCAGAGGAUGAUAAACCAGUGGCAGUUGUUGUUCCAAGAAAGACAUUGCAACCAGAGGCCACCGUGGUCCCGGAAUGGUUUGCAGCUGGGGCCUUCGGAUUGGUUACUGUGUUUACUUUGCUUCUUCGGAACGUGCCUGCAUUGCAGUCCAACUUAUUAUCAACUUUUGACAAUCUUGGCUUGUUGAAGGAUGGCCUUUCUGGAGCUUUUGUAACUGCACUUGUUUUGGGAGUACACGAACUUGGUCACAUUGUGGUUGCAAAAAGCACUGGGAUUAAGCUUGGGGUGCCAUACUUCGUACCUAGCUGGCAGAUAGGCUCAUUUGGUGCUAUUACAAGGAUUGUAAACAUUGUAUCCAAGCGUGAGGAUCUUUUGAAGGUUGCAGUAGCUGGGCCUCUGGCUGGGUUCUCCUUGGGUCUCAUUCUUCUGCUUUUGGGGUUCAUCAUACCUCCUAACGGUAUUGGUGUUGUCGUCGAUGGUUCUGUAUUUCACGAGUCACUUCUUGCUGGGGGCAUUGCAAAGCUUCUUCUUGGCGAUGUUCUGAAGGAAGGCACUCCGUUGUCUGUGAACCCACUUGUUAUAUGGGCAUGGGCUGGACUUCUCAUUAAUGCAAUCAACAGUAUCCCUGCUGGGGAGCUUGAUGGGGGACGGAUUGCUUUUGCCAUAUGGGGAAGAAAGGCUUCAGCUCGCUUCACAGCUGUCUCAAUUGCUCUGGUGGGAAUAUCUUCGCUGUUUAAUGACGUGGCAUUUUAUUGGGUAGUUCUGAUAUUUUUCUUACAGAGAAGCCCAAUUGCUCCACUGUCUGAGGAAAUCACGGACCCAGAUGACAAGUAUGCAUUCCUUGGAGUUGCUGUCCUGCUCAUAGGUCUGCUCGUUUGCUUGCCAUAUCCCUUCCCUUUCGCAAAUGAAGCCAUUACAAAUUUUUAGUAAUGUAGUCCACACUAUAAAUACUAAAAAAAAAAUGUCAACGCCCACGGGUCUCGCCAAAUCCCUUCCCUUCGCCACAGUAAGUAUAUAUUUUAAGACAAAUGAGUUCAAAACUUGCAGGGUAACUGAUGUAUAGCUAGGCAUUAAUUGUUCAUAAGCUUUUAGUAUGUUUAUUGCUUAAA